AUGAAGAGACGAGAUGAAGUAAAAAUUACCGAAGGGACGGACAGAGGGACGGACAGAGGGACGGACAGAGGGACAGAGGGACGGACAGAGGGACAGAGGGACGGACAGAGGGACAGACAGAGGGACAGACAGAGGGACAGACAGAGGGACAGACAGAGGGACAGACAGAGGGACAGACAGAGGGACAGACAGAGGGACAGACAGAGGGACAGACAGAGGGACAGACAGAGGGACAGACAGAGGGACAGACAGAGGGACAGACAGAGGGACAGACAGAGGGACAGACAGAGGGACAGACAGAGGGACAGACAGAGGGACAGACAGAGGGACAGACAGAGGGACAGACAGAGGGACAGACAGAGGGACAGACAGAGGGACAGACAGAGGGACAGACAGAGGGACAGACAGAGGGACAGACAGAGGGACAGACAGAGGGACAGACAGAGGGACAGACAGAGGGACAGACAGAGGGACAGACAGAGGGACAGACAGAGGGACAGACAGAGGGACAGACAGAGGGACAGACAGAGGGACAGACAGAGGGACAGACAGAGGGACAGACAGAGGGACAGACAGAGGGACAGACAGAGGGACAGACAGAGGGACAGACAGAGGGACAGACAGAGGGACAGACAGAGGGACGGACAGAGGGACGGACAGAGGGACGGACAGAGGGACAGAGGGACAGAGGGACGGACAGAGGGACGGACAGAGGGACGGACAGAGGGACAGACAGACAGAGGGACGGACAGAGGGACAGAGGGACAGAGGGACGGACAGAGGGACGGACAGAGGGACGGACAGAGGGACAGACAGACAGAGGGACGGACAGAGGGACAGAGGGACGGACAGAGGGACAGAGGGACGGACAGAGGGACAGAGGGACGGACAGAGGGACAGAGGGACGGACAGAGGGACAGACAGAGGGACAGAGGGACAGACAGACAGAGGGACAGACAGAGGGACAGAGGGACAGACAGACAGAGGGACAGACAGACAGACAGAGGGACAGACAGAGGGACAGAGGGACAGACAGAGGGACAGAGGGACAGACAGACAGAGGGACAGAGGGACAGACAGACAGAGGGACAGAGGGACAGACAGACAGAGGGACAGACAGACAGAGGGACAGACAGACAGAGGGACAGACAGACAGAGGGACAGACAGACAGAGGGACAGACAGACAGAGGGACAGACAGACAGAGGGACAGACAGACAGAGGGACAGACAGACAGAGGGACAGACAGACAGAGGGACAGACAGACAGAGGGACAGACAGACAGAGGGACAGACAGACAGAGGGACAGACAGACAGAGGGACAGACAGACAGAGGGACAGACAGACAGAGGGACAGACAGACAGAGGGACAGACAGACAGAGGGACAGACAGACAGAGGGACAGACAGACAGAGGGACAGACAGACAGAGGGACAGACAGACAGAGGGACAGACAGACAGAGGGACAGACAGACAGAGGGACAGACAGACAGAGGGACAGACAGACAGAGGGACAGACAGACAGAGGGACAGACAGACAGAGGGACAGACAGACAGAGGGACAGACAGACAGAGGGACAGACAGACAGAGGGACAGACAGACAGAGGGACAGACAGACAGAGGGACAGACAGACAGAGGGACAGACAGACAGAGGGACAGACAGACAGAGGGACAGACAGACAGAGGGACAGACAGACAGAGGGACAGACAGACAGAGGGACAGACAGACAGAGGGACAGACAGACAGAGGGACAGACAGACAGAGGGACAGACAGACAGAGGGACAGACAGACAGAGGGACAGACAGACAGAGGGACAGACAGACAGAGGGACAGACAGACAGAGGGACAGACAGACAGAGGGACAGACAGACAGAGGGACAGACAGACAGAGGGACAGACAGACAGAGGGACAGACAGACAGAGGGACAGACAGACAGAGGGACAGACAGACAGAGGGACAGACAGACAGAGGGACAGACAGACAGAGGGACAGACAGACAGAGGGACAGACAGACAGAGGGACAGACAGACAGAGGGACAGACAGACAGAGGGACAGACAGACAGAGGGACAGACAGACAGAGGGACAGACAGACAGAGGGACAGACAGACAGAGGGACAGACAGACAGAGGGACAGACAGACAGAGGGACAGACAGACAGAGGGACAGACAGACAGAGGGACAGACAGACAGAGGGACAGACAGACAGAGGGACAGACAGACAGAGGGACAGACAGACAGAGGGACAGACAGACAGAGGGACAGACAGACAGAGGGACAGACAGACAGAGGGACAGACAGACAGAGGGACAGACAGACAGAGGGACAGACAGACAGAGGGACAGACAGACAGAGGGACAGACAGACAGAGGGACAGACAGACAGAGGGACAGACAGACAGAGGGACAGACAGACAGAGGGACAGACAGACAGAGGGACAGACAGACAGAGGGACAGACAGACAGAGGGACAGACAGACAGAGGGACAGACAGACAGAGGGACAGACAGACAGAGGGACAGACAGACAGAGGGACAGACAGACAGAGGGACAGACAGACAGAGGGACAGACAGACAGAGGGACAGACAGACAGAGGGACAGACAGACAGAGGGACAGACAGACAGAGGGACAGACAGACAGAGGGACAGACAGACAGAGGGACAGACAGACAGAGGGACAGACAGACAGAGGGACAGACAGACAGAGGGACAGACAGACAGAGGGACAGACAGACAGAGGGACAGACAGACAGAGGGACAGACAGACAGAGGGACAGACAGACAGAGGGACAGACAGACAGAGGGACAGACAGACAGAGGGACAGACAGACAGAGGGACAGACAGACAGAGGGACAGACAGACAGAGGGACAGACAGACAGAGGGACAGACAGACAGAGGGACAGACAGACAGAGGGACAGACAGACAGAGGGACAGACAGACAGAGGGACAGACAGACAGAGGGACAGACAGACAGAGGGACAGACAGACAGAGGGACAGACAGACAGAGGGACAGACAGACAGAGGGACAGACAGACAGAGGGACAGACAGACAGAGGGACAGACAGACAGAGGGACAGACAGACAGAGGGACAGACAGACAGAGGGACAGACAGACAGAGGGACAGACAGACAGAGGGACAGACAGACAGAGGGACAGACAGACAGAGGGACAGACAGACAGAGGGACAGACAGACAGAGGGACAGACAGACAGAGGGACAGACAGACAGAGGGACAGACAGACAGAGGGACAGACAGACAGAGGGACAGACAGACAGAGGGACAGACAGACAGAGGGACAGACAGACAGAGGGACAGACAGACAGAGGGACAGACAGACAGAGGGACAGACAGACAGAGGGACAGACAGACAGAGGGACAGACAGACAGAGGGACAGACAGACAGAGGGACAGACAGACAGAGGGACAGACAGACAGAGGGACAGACAGACAGAGGGACAGACAGACAGAGGGACAGACAGACAGAGGGACAGACAGACAGAGGGACAGACAGACAGAGGGACAGACAGACAGAGGGACAGACAGACAGAGGGACAGACAGACAGAGGGACAGACAGACAGAGGGACAGACAGACAGAGGGACAGACAGACAGAGGGACAGACAGACAGAGGGACAGACAGACAGAGGGACAGACAGACAGAGGGACAGACAGACAGAGGGACAGACAGACAGAGGGACAGACAGACAGAGGGACAGACAGACAGAGGGACAGACAGACAGAGGGACAGACAGACAGAGGGACAGACAGACAGAGGGACAGACAGACAGAGGGACAGACAGACAGAGGGACAGACAGACAGAGGGACAGACAGACAGAGGGACAGACAGACAGAGGGACAGACAGACAGAGGGACAGACAGACAGAGGGACAGACAGACAGAGGGACAGACAGACAGAGGGACAGACAGACAGAGGGACAGACAGACAGAGGGACAGACAGACAGAGGGACAGACAGACAGAGGGACAGACAGACAGAGGGACAGACAGACAGAGGGACAGACAGACAGAGGGACAGACAGACAGAGGGACAGACAGACAGAGGGACAGACAGACAGAGGGACAGACAGACAGAGGGACAGACAGACAGAGGGACAGACAGACAGAGGGACAGACAGACAGAGGGACAGACAGACAGAGGGACAGACAGACAGAGGGACAGACAGACAGAGGGACAGACAGACAGAGGGACAGACAGACAGAGGGACAGACAGACAGAGGGACAGACAGACAGAGGGACAGACAGACAGAGGGACAGACAGACAGAGGGACAGACAGACAGAGGGACAGACAGACAGAGGGACAGACAGACAGAGGGACAGACAGACAGAUGUGGAAAGAAUGUUAG